UGGGGGGAGAGCCCGGAGCACCCCCAGACAGCCCCUCGGCCAUGGAGGCCUGGGCGGCGGACCCCCAGGCCCUGCCCGUCGACGACUACUACGACUACUACAACGGCAGCGGGGCGGGCGGCCCGGGCCUGUGCCCUGGCGAGGAGGAGGGCGAGGCGGACUGGGAACUGUCCUUCUCCCUGCUGCCCGUCCUCUACAUGCUGGUGUUCGUGCUGGGCCUGUCCGGCAACGGCGUGGUCAUCUUCACCGUGUGGCGGGCCCCGGGCGUCGACGGGGCGGCCGGCGGGGCAGCCGGGGCCGGGGGCGGCGGGGGCAAGCGGCGCUCGGCCGACACCUACAUCGGCAACCUGGCCCUGGCCGACCUGGCCUUCGUGGUGACCCUGCCCCUGUGGGCCGCCUACACGGCGCUGCGCUUCCACUGGCCCUUCGGGUCGCUCCUGUGCAAGCUGAGCAGCUACUUGGUGCUGCUCAACAUGUUCGCCAGCGCCUUCUGCCUCAGUUGCCUCAGCUUCGAGCGCUACCUGGCCGUGGCGCGCUCGCUCAGCCGGGCCCGGCUCCUGCGCUCCCGCCGGGCGGCCACCCUGCUGUCCCUGGCGGCGCUCUGGCUGCUGGCCGGCCUGUUGGCGCUGCCCGCCCUGCUGCUGCGCGACACGCAGACGCGCCCGCCGCUCAACGCCACCGUGUGCGACAUGGACUACAGCCGCGUGGCCAGCCCCGAGCAGGAGCGCUACUGGCUGGGCGCCCUCAGCCUGGGCACCACGGCGCUGGGCUUCGUCCUGCCGCUGCUGCUCAUGACCGUGUUCUACUGCUGCCUCGGGGGCACCGUGACCCGCCACUUCCAGCACCUGAAGAAGGAGGAGCAGAAGCGGCGCCGGCUGCUGCGGAUCAUCGCGGCCCUCGUGGCCGUCUUCGCGCUCUGCUGGCUGCCCUUCCACCUGCUCAAGGGCCUCUACGUGCUGGGCUGGCUGGGCCUGCUGGACCUGCCGUGCGCCGCCCAGGGCCUCAUCGUGCGGCUCCACCCGUACGCCACGUGCCUGGCCUAUGUCAACAGCUGCCUCAACCCCUUCCUCUACGCCUUCCUGGACCUGCGCUUCCGAGCCCGCUGCCUCCGCCUGUUGGGCCUCCGCCGCCCCCGCCCGCGAGGCCCCUCGGGCUCGCUGUCCUCCACCGCCAGCGCCCAGACGCAGAAGUCCGAGCUGCCCUCGCUGGCCACCAAGGUGUGAACGGCCGGCGGCGAGGCCCGCUCCUCCUCUCCUCCUCUGCCCACCCCAGGACUGGGCCUUCCCCCGACCCCGCGGCCGAGCUGGACUCGGGAGGCGGGAGGGCUGGGCGGGAGUUGGCCGGAGAAAUGGGGGAAGGGGUCCGUCCCCCCCCGCUACCCCCUCCACGCGGGGCCGGGCCCGUUCGGACUAAGGACCUCGAGCCGGCCGCGCUCCCCCGUGCUUCGCCCCCCUCUCCCACUGAGUGGGACCCAAUAAAACCCGCUUCGGGAAACCGUGCGCUUCCGGACGUCCCUCCCAGUCACCGGGUAUCGGGGUGGCCCCGAGGGGCGGAGGGGGGUGGAGGGACGGCGGGCCCCAGCCUGGACAACCGCCCCUUCCCACUCCCACCGGAGUCCGAGGCUCAAUUAAGCCCACCCGUGAGCCCGGAGGUGUUGAAAUGAUAAAUAAAAUAAUAAUGGCAUU